AUGGUAUUUGUGAAAUCUGUUGAUGCAUCAGAUCUAGUCAAAGAUGCUAAAACUUUAUUUACACUAUUCUGUGAAGUCAUUGAGUGGAUUGGUCCUAAGAAUAUCGUUCAUGUAGUGACUGACAAUGCAGCCAACUAUGUAGCAUGUGGCAAACUGAUUAAGGAAAAGUAUAAAAGCAUUUAUUGGUCUCCUUGUGCUGCUCAUUGUUUGAAUCUUGUAUUGAAAGACUUUUCCAGCAUGUCUCAUGUGUCGGACCUUGCAUCAAAGGCAUCAAGAAUAACCAUCUUUUUAUACAAUCAUAUGGUUUUCUUAUCCUGGCUGAGAAAAAGACCGAGCUGGAAAGAAAUUGUGCGUCCUGGUGCCACAAGAUUUGCUACUACAUUUAUUACAUUGCAUAGCAUAUAUAUGCACAAAAAUGACUUGCAAGCUUUGGUUGUUGAUAAGCAUUUUGUGGACCACAAAUUAUCCAAGACCGAAGCAGGAAAAUUUUUUAGUGCAAUCAUAUUAGAUAACCGGUUUUGGAAUGACUGUUAUGAAGUGGUAAAGAUUGUAUCUCCUUUGAUAAAAUUAUUGCGAAUUGUGGAUUCAGAUGAAAAACCUUCAUUGCCUUAUGUUUAUGAAGGCAUGCGAAGAGCAAAAAUAGCAAUUAAGGAGAUGUUUAAGAAGAACAAGGAGAUGUAUAAGCCUUAUACAAGAAUUAUCCAAGCUCGAUGGGACAGGCAUUUGAAAACCAAUCUUCAUGCAGCAUCAUACUUGUUAAACCCUGCAAUCACAUAUGGUCCAGACUGUCCUAGCAAGUCAAAAUUAAUGAUGGCUUUGAUUGAUGUGGUGGAGUCUUAUUCAGAUGAAGAUGUUGAUGGCUUUCUGGUAAUGAAACAAGCAACCACUUACCGUGAAGGCAAAGAAUCUUUCAGUAGACCCUCAUGUUAA